GAUCCUUUGGCUGAUGAAUUAAUGGUUUUCUAUGAGAGAAUGGGUGAUACCCUUGCACAUCAGUAUGGUGGUUCAGCUGCUCAUAACAAGAUUUUCUCUGAGAGAAGGGGUCAGUGGAGAGCUGCAACCCAGUCCCAGGAAUUUUUUCGAACUCUACAGCGAUAUUACAGCAAUGCUUACAUGGAUAUGGAGAAGCAAAAUGCCAUCAAUGUGUAAGUUUGUAGUGGUUACGAUCUUGCAUAUGCUUUUCGAAAUUUCAUAUAUUGAUAUAGGAUUUAUGGGUAGUGAAGAUGAAUUUAGGAUAACAUUGGACAUUUUGGUGCAGAAACCUAACAAUUUGACAGCGAACAAUUGA